AACACGCCCAUGUUCUCUGUGUGCAGUUUCAUUGGGAGGGGUCUAGCACCAGGCGCCAUUGAAUUGUUUUGCCGGUGGACACACACAGACGCAGAAUCACCGACACACCGCGGCUGUGCGCAAUUCAGAGAAGCAAAGCGGCCGUCGGCUCUCCCUGGAUUGCAUUAGUCUUAACAAUCGAGUCUUUUAGUUUUUAUAGACCAUCUACACUAAACCGACAACAUGAGUGAAAUUAACGUAAAAAAGCUUAAGGUGAACGAGUUGAAGGACGAGCUCAAGAAGCGUCAGCUCUCCGACAAGGGGCUGAAGGCCGAGCUUAUGGAGCGGCUGCAGGCCGCGCUCGAUGCAGAGGCCCAGGCCGAAGAGGAAGACGCUGUCGCGCCAGAAGCACCUGAAGAAAAGGAGGCCGAUGGGAACGGUGUUGCAGUCAAACAAGGCUGCACGGCCGAAGAGCCAGAGGGUGAGAGCAUGGAAGCCGAGGAGCAAAAUGGAGACAAGGGUGAUGCCGCUGUUUUGGGUGAUGGUCAGGACGACGAAAUGGGUGAAGAGGAGGAGGAAGGGGACGCCGGCGUGGAAAUGGACAAAGCCUUCGAAGAAGAUGAUGAAGAGGAAGACGAAGACGACGAUAUCAUUGACAAAAUUGACGAUGAAGACGGUGAGCCUCAAUCUCAUCCAUUAGAGGGGGAUGCGGACAAAGACAUCAGUGCUGAUCAGAAGAAUAAGAAGGGUGUUAAGAGACGCCGAGAGGAACAUGGAAGGGGCUACUUUGAAUUUAUUGAAGAAAGCAAAUACAGCCGGGCUAAGUCCCCCCUGCCACCUCUGGAGGAAGAGGAUGAAGAGUUUGACGACACACUGGUCUGCCUGGAUCCCUACAAUUGUGACCUUCAUUUCAAAGUCUCCCGAGACCGAUACAGCGCCUCGUCCCUCACCAUGGAGAGUUUUGCUUACCUUUGGGCAGGUGGACGUGCCUCCUAUGGCGUAAACAAGGGCAAAGCCUGCUUUGAAAUGAAGAUCAUUGAGAAAAUCCCAGUCAAGCAUUUAAACAGUAAAAACAUGGACUUUCAUGAUGUCCAUAUUGGCUGGUCCCUGGCUAAUGGAAGUCUUUUGCUGGGUGAGGAGGAGCAUUCCUACUCUUAUUCGGGCAAAGGGAAGAAGACUUCAAACUAUGUGACUGAAGACUACGGGGAGAGUUUUGAUGAAAAUGAUGUCAUCGGCUGCUUCAUUAAUUUUGAAGCUGAUGAAGUGGAGAUUUCAUUUUCCAAAAAUGGCAAGGACCUGGAUGUGGCUUUCAAGGUCAACAAGGAGUCCUUGGCCGGACAAACUCUGUUCCCCCAUGUUCUUUGCCACAACUGUGCUGUUGAGUUCAAUUUCGGUCAGAACGAGACGCCAUUCUUCCCUCAGGUGGAGGGCUUCACCUUCCUGCAGCAAAUUCCUGUGGAUGUGCGUAUGAGAGGACCCAAGGGACCUGAGACCAAGAAAGAUUGCGAGGUGAUUGUCAUGGUCGGCCUUCCUGGAUCUGGAAAAACUACUUGGGUAAAGAAACACGUUGAAGAGAACCCUGGGAAGUUCAACAUCCUCAGCACCAACACUAUUUUGGAGAAGAUGAUGAUUGACAGCAUGAAGAGGCAAAAUAAAGACACCACAAAGCUCUCGGCCAUCUCUCAGCGUGCUCCUUUGUUCCUGGGCAAGUUUAUUGAAAUUGCUGCCCGCAAAAAGAGAAACUAUAUUUUGGAUCAGACUAAUGUCUCUGCACCAGCCCAGAGAAGGAAGAUGUGUCUGUUUGCUGGCUUCCAACGCAAAGCUGUAGUGAUCUUCCCUACAGACGAGGCCCUUAAAGAGAGAGCUCAGAAGAAAGCGGAAACCGACGGCAAAGAUGUACCCGAGCACGCCGUUCUAAAAAUGAAAGGCAUCUAUACAUUGCCAGAAGUAGGAGACUGCUUCUCAGAGGUCACCUAUGUGGAACUGCAGAAGGAGGAGGCCGUCAAGCUCUUGGAGCAGUACAAGGAAGAGAGUAAGAGUGCUUUGCCACCAGAGAAGAAAGCCAACCAGGGUACCUUGACCCCCAGAAAGGGCGGUGGACGAGGCAGAGGGCCUAAGAACCAGUUCAGUAGGGGUGGUGGUCCAGGACCACGUGGAGGCAGAGGAGGAUUCCAGCCCCGUGGAAACUUUAGAGGAUUACCAGUACCACCUCGUGUUGGCGGUUUUAAUCGUCACCCACGCGGCUACAUGCCCCCUCCACCACCACCACCUAUCUUCCGAGGCGGGUUCCAUAGUCGAGGCAACUUCAGCAGAGGUGGAGGCGGUGGGAUGCCCAGCCGGGGAAUGUCUCCCAGGGGUGGCCACAUGAGGGGCGGGCACAUGAGAGGCAACAUGGGCAGCAGAGGUGGAGCGAUGAGCCGUGGAGGGCCUGGAAACAGAGGAAACAUGCAACGCGGCGGUGGACCCAACAACAGAGGACAGUUCCAGCAGAAGUUCCGCGGCAGAGGCGGCCACCAGCAGAAUCGUGGGGGUUUUGGCAACAAAAACGGUUCUUUUGCCCAAAACUUUAAUCAGAGUUGGCAACAAGGGUUCUGGAGCCAGAAGCCAUGGAAUCAACAGUACCACCCAGGAUAUUACUAAGUGCACAUUUGUAUUAAAGACUCAUGGCCUCUGUUGCACGGAGAUGCACAGCCACAGAAUAUCCAUCCACUUUUAUGGUCCUCGUUUAUUGUAAUUUUUUAAGGAAGUCCAUUUUUAAAUGAGAAGCAAGUGGCAAACAAACAUUCCGCCUCAGAACUAAACAGUCUACGUUCUACAUAGAUGUGUGACAUCUUCACUCUCAGAUUUUUGUAAAAUGUAUUUCCUCCCCCCUUUUUUGUAUCACAGCUUUGAUAUUGUUAUAUCAGGAAUCACUGCAUGUCUUGCUUUGAAUUUCAGGGUUGUGAAUUUUAUUCUGUAAAAUGUCAUUUUUACUCAUUGUAAAUUAUUUUAUUAUUUUAAUUUUUUUUUUUUGCGCAAGUUGUAGUGUUAAAAAAAAAUCCCUGUGAACCUUAAUAUUUUCAAAACUUUUGUCAAUAAUCAUUCAUAUUUACUCAGCAACUUUUCAUGUUCAGUCGAGGAGGGAAAAUAUUGUUCUCUGUUUACUAUUUGCAUUUUCAAGUUUUUCUUUGUUAGCCCAGACUGUAACAGUAACUUCAUAGGUUUGCAAUAAAAUAUGUGCUUGCUUUUCUAUGACUUUUUAUGGCUUUUGACUGAUAUCUUGAACAAUACAUUUAAAAAAAGCCUUUGAAUGUCAAUCAGAUUUGUCUCUUUAUUCAGCACCGUAAGACCUUUCACUGUCUUCCUGUCUCGUACGGUGGAAAUAUUUGUAAAUCGAUUUAGUUAAUGUGACUUUUUAAAUGCACUGCAUAGUUUCAAAAGUAAAUUUAUGCAUUUGUAUCAUGUGAGAAGCCAUGAUAAAACAUUGAUCUUAUUUACACAAAUCAACGUUUUAACAACAACUUCAAAUAUAUAUUGUAGGUUAAGCUUACUAAUACUUCUGAGUAAUAUUUUUUUUGGCAACACACUUGUUCUGCAAAAUCUAACGUGAAUAACCAUUAGAUGGAUCUAUUUGAUAAUGCAUCACUCCUUUUUCUGGUCCAUAAUUUGACCGUUUUAUUACAGGAUACAAUGCUUCCGUUGGGAUUGACUGGGCAAACAGUGGCCUUGAUGACAAUGGUUUUGGAUAUAACAGCCAGCACAUAAGAAAGUUCUCUUCUUAAAUACAUUAUAAAUGUUACAUAGAGCAAGCAAUGAAAUACUGCAGAGUUGGAAGUCAUAUCAGAAUUUUCUAACUGAUAAAGAUUUUCUCAAUUUAAAUUACCUGCAUUUUGAUACUCAAUCAGACCACAUUUCACACACCCCAUGAACGCAUCCUGUUUUUCAUCAAGACAUGCCCUUGUUUCAAUGAAUAUAUUUCUUAAAAAGUGCCAAAUAAAAAGGGCAGCUAUUUUUGACUUAAUGAUGUAAUAGUCAAGUGGAUUUUUAAAAAAACUGUGUACCAUAUAUAUUGAUGUAAAAGUGUUUUGGUUUUUUUUGUUUUUCUUGAAACGAUUUCAUGUGGGAUAAAAUAUAGACCCUGUCCCUUAUAAAAGUAGUGCAUAUAGCAUGGCAUGAGAGAUUUGCGUCGAUUACUACGUAGUCCUUGCUUGUGCUUUUUUGAGGACGAAUUUGUUUAAAUUUUACUUAAAAUGUGGCAUUAUGUGGUUAGAGAUGGCAGGUGGUAUGGUUUAUGAUGUUUGUAUCUUGGCAUUGUUUUUUAUUUUUCAACGAGAUGAAUGUUAAAGUGUUUCAUAUUGUAAGGAAAUGUGUCAUUAAAUAAUGUAAGAAACGUC